AACUUACACCUCUCUCGUCAUGUCCUCUGGCCACGUCGCUCUGCGUUCGCAUCUCUAGUUCUUAUUCUCGCCUCUCCUUGUUCCCUCACCAGUAUCUAGCCGUCCAAUCUCAUUCGAUUGUUCCCAGGUGACCUUGCCCAACUGAGACUGCGAUCUCUUUGUGGCUGCGACGUCAUUGGGACAUCCCACCCUCGUCGUCCUUUCGUUACGAGCCCAAGCCACGACGACCGGACACACUACCCGCCAUGCUAGUCAACCUCUCGACCUGGGCUCUCGCAGCCACUGUGUUCUCCUCGGCGGGCCGUGUCUGUGCCCUCGCGCCUGAGGACAUCCCCGCCGACACGCCCAUCGCCUCUCUGCUCGCCUCGGCGCAGACAUAUCUCGCCGCCGGCCAGGCCUCCGAGGCCCUCACAUUCUACGACGCCGCCAUUGCUCGCGACCCGGCCGACUACCUGACCUUCUUCAAGCGCGCCACCGCCUAUCUCUCCCUUGGCCGCACGUCCCAAGCCACUUCCGACUUCAACAAGGUCCUCGAGCUGCGCCCAGGCUUCGAAGGCGCACACCUCCAGCUCGGCAAGAUCCGCGCUCGCAACGCCGAUUGGGAGGCUGCGAGGCAAGAGUACCGCCUUGCCAAGCAGAGCGAAUCGUCGGCCGCCUACACCGCGCUGAUCGAGGCCGAGGGCGCCGCCAAGCUCGCAGAGACCGCGUAUGCAGAGGGCAAGUGGGACGACUGCAUUGCCCAGGCAGGCGCAGCCAUUCAGACAGCCAACCGGGCCGCGGGUCUGCGGGAGUUGCGGUCGAAAUGCCGCUUCGCCAAGGGCGAGGUAGAGGAGGGCAUGGGGGACCUGCAGCACGUGCUGCAGCUGCGGACGGGCGACACGAGCCCAUUUCUCACCAUCUCGGCGACGACGUUUUACGGUAUGGGCGACGUGGAGCAGGGAAUGGGCCACAUCCGCAAGUGUCUGCAUUCGGACCCGGAGUCGAAAUCCUGCAGGAAGCUGCUCAAGCAGGAGAAGCAGGUCGAGAAAACGCUGGCGAGGGUUACCAAGGCGCUUGAUAAGAACCAGCCCAUGACGGCCGCCAAAUUGUUGGUACCGUCGGGUGAGGACAAGGGUUUAAUUGAUGAAGUCAAGGAGCAGGUUCAGUUGUUGAAGGAGCAGGGAGUCAUGCCGGAGAAAGCGCCUGAAGCUCUCGUCACGCGGUUGGUCGAGACGGCCUGUCAAGCGUAUUACGAGGCAAGCGGAAAGAAGGCGAGCACGUAUUGUACUGAAGCCCUCCAGCGCGACGAAAACUCCUUCUUUGGCCUACUUUACAAGGCCAAGACGCAGCUCGACGCCGACGACUACGAACCAUGCAUCGCCACCCUGCAAAAGGCGUCCGAGAUUCGCCCAGACAAGAGGGACCUGGUCAACACGCUGAUGCAGAAGGCGCAGCUCGAGCUGAAGCGCAGCAAGACAAAGGACUACUACAAGGUUCUGGGGGUUGCGCGUGACGCCGACGAGAGACAGAUCAAGUCUGCGUAUCGCAAGCUUAGCAAGAUCCACCACCCGGACAAGGCGGCCAAGCAAGGUCUUACCAAAGAGGACGCGGAGAAGAAGAUGGCCAGCAUCAACGAGGCGUACGAGGUGCUCAGCACACCCGAGCUACGGCAGAGAUUUGACAACGGCGACGACCCCAACUCCAACGAGCCUCAGCAGCACGGUGGUCAUCCUUUUGGCGGCUUCGGUGGCGGUGGCAACCCAUUCAUGUUCCAGCAGGGAGGUGGAGGAGGCGGACCCCAGUUCAACUUCAAGUUUGGCGGUUCGCGAGGCGGCGGUGGGGGUUUCCCGGGUGGUUUCCCCUUUGGCGGAUGAGCUCCGUGUUUGUCGUGACGAUACGCGUUUGGUUUGGUGCUGUGCUUUUUUCACAAUUGUUACGGAGUCCAUUGGUAGCGGUGUUGAUGCAUUGACUUUGUUCACGCGGGACCGUUUUUAACUUGAUGUGGUCAUGUGUGAGCCAUGGUCUGGGGAACAUUGACCUGUAGAUAGUUAUCCUCCCGAGCCACAGCAAAAGACUUAUUACCUUGCCACAGCACUCUUUUGUCCAGGGCUACCCCCCACGUCAAGGUUAGGCGCCUUGUGGUUGCUAGAAUGCGAGCUAUCGAAAUGGAACAUUUGUGCACUGGGCGGACGUAUUUUCCGCGCCUGUUCCCAUUCCUGACUUCAAUGUUACGGCUCUACAAC